GUCAAUUGUCAAACAUGUGUCAAACUUAUAACUUCAUCAAUAUGUCAGCUGCCAAAAUUGCAAAAUGUUUAUUACCUAUAUACAUACCAAAUUUGAAUAACUAGGAAAUAACUAAAUAAACAAAACUAAGAUAACUUAAAGUAUAGUUUAUUUUGUUUCUAGUCCGUGUUUGUAAACGCGUUAUAUUACUAUUUGUAGAAACAAAUAGUAAAAAACAGGUUGCUUGUAUUCGAGGCCUGUGGUAAAAACGCUGAAUUGAUUACCUGCAUUGUUAUUACUUAAAAAAAAUAUCCCUAAAUGGCUGACAAAAAGAAAAAAAUAUUCAUUUCUAAGGAAACAACUACACCAAGGAGACCCAUGAUCUUAAAGUCUGAUCGAGAUGCAAGUAAAGAGCAGUCUAAAGAGAAAGAAAAAGAGAAACAACCUACACAACCAACAAUUAUUCUCAAAACUAGAGAACAGAGUGCUCCUAAAGAAGAACGUCCACAUAGUCCAAAAUCACUGAAAACCCCCACGUCUGAUGGUGAAGGACUUCACCCCUGUAAAAUAGCACAAAAUGAAAACAAAGACAAAAAAACUACAGAAAAAUUGGCUCAUCCGUUGAAAUAUAUGACAGAACCUGUCAAGUUACUUGAUGAAGAUUUGGAAUUCAACAAUGCAGCACUGGAGUUUUUACAUGAUUCAAGCACUAAUUACCUAGUUGUUGGAAUAAUUGGUACACAGGGUGUUGGAAAAUCAAUGAUAAUGAAUAUUUUAGCUCAGAAUAAACAUGAUGAAGCUCUGUGCUCCCAAAUAUUACAUUCCCAUGAAUUGCCUGAAGAAAAUACAUUUGAAGGGAAUGAAGUAGCUGGCAUAGAAAAUCAAAUGGAAACAUUACAUUUUGUUGAAACAAAUGAUGCAACUACUCAGCAGAAAACGACAAACAAUUUUAAAUUCAAAAUGCAGAAUAUGGAACAUAUUGAAAAAGGAGUUCAUUGCACUAAAGGUGUGGACAUGUACGUAACCAACGACCGUGUGAUACUGUUAGAUUGUCAGGCGUUGUGGUCCCCGUCUCUCAUUGAGGAGUCUUACACUAAUCCGCUGUCCGCGAGAAGCUCCCAUGUGAUGACAGUAGACUGUCUCCAAAUAGCGUCCUAUCUGAUGGCUAUAUGUCAUGUCCUGAUUACAGUACAGGAUUGGUUUACUGACUAUAAUUUCUUGAGAUACAUUCAAGCAGCGGAAAUGCUAAAGCCGUCUUUAUCUGCCUCGAAUACAAUCACAAGUCAGGAUGGUUCGGAAUCGACCAGCGGUGGAGAGAGUCACCCGCACCUACUGCUUCUACACAACAAGUGUCAACUUGAGGACUUCACGCCUCAAGCAAUUAAAAUUAUGCAAGAUCUUUAUAGAAAAGCAUUCCAGAGGUCCAAUUUACAGCUGAACUCCGGAAUGUAUAUGUACAGCGACACUAACAAAAAUGGUUUGAAUGUAGACAGCGUCUGCAAAGGAUACAAUGUGGACGAUUGUGGUACUCCUAUCAACCUGUUCCUUUUACCAGAGAUCACCGAGGACUUUAAUAACAGAGACAUAUACCGCGGGCAUCCACCUUUCGAGCAAUUAGCGAAUCGUCUACGUUGGAUGAUAAUGGGCGUUAACCGACAUCAGAUCACAAACGUUCCUAAACUAUCAGAAAGAGGAUGGUUCCACUACUGCAACAAGGCGUGGGAAACUAUAAAAAAAUGCACAUUCUUCAUGGAAUAUGAAAGGUUUCUGCCUUGAGACGUCACAUGUUAAGAUUUCUACGUAGACACAGAUAAGACACAGGUGUUCGAAUGAUAAAGAUAAAUUUAAUAAAUUACUUUAUUUUUAAUGAGUCAUACAAUGAAUUGUUAAAAUGUAUUGGACCCAAUAAACAGUUUAUAUAACUACUCGA